AAAACCACAAGGAAGCUAAAGGAGUAAGUAAACCACAAGAAGCUUACGGAGUAAGUAAAAGACAAGGAGCUGAAGGAGUAAGUAAACCACAAGGAGCUGAAGGAAAAAGUAAACCGCAAGGAGCUGAAGGAGUAAGUAAACCACAAGGAGCUGAAGGAGUAAGUAAACCACAAGGAGCUGAAGGAGUAAGUAAACCACAAGGAGCUCAAGGAGUAAGUAAACCACAAGAAGCUAAAGGAGUAAGUAAACCACAAGGAGCUGACGGAGUAAGUAAACCACAAGGAGCUGACGGAGUAAGAGCUAAAGGAGUAAGUAAACCACAAGGAGCUAAAGGAGUAAGUAAACCACAAGGAGCUGACGGAGUAAGUAAACAACAAGGAGCUAAAGGAGUAAGUAAACCACAAGAAGCUAAAGGAGUAAGUAAACCACAAGGAGCUGACAGAGUAAGUAAACCACAAGGUGCUAAAGGAGUAAGUAAACUACAAGGAGCUGACGGAGUAAGUAAACCACAAGGAGCUGACGGAGUAAGUAAACCAUAA